AUGGAGGCCAGCGAGUGGGAUCACGCGACCUUGAGGGAAGAGGAAUUCGAGCAGCAUGCCGUGUAUUUGGUACCGGAUGUGGCGGCGUCUCCGACCAAUACCGAUCGUGCGGAGGCUUCCCUGCCCAGAAAUUUGGUCCUCAAACCUUCUCAGGCCCUCAACGAUGUACGUUCUUCAGCCAAAGAAUUGUUUCUUGAGACUUCCUUGGUUAUGGGAGUAUGGAGUACGAGUUACAUUCCCAAGGGAACACGAUUUGGUCCUCUGGUGGGUCAAGUGUACACCAAGGACUCGGUACCGGCCGAUGCGAACCGAAAAUACUUCUGGAGGGUAUAUAAGAACAACGAGCUGUUCUAUUACAUCGACGGUUACGACGUACAGAAAUCGAAUUGGAUGCGUUAUGUAAACCCGGCUUACUCGUCCGAAUCGCAGAACCUGAUAGCAUGCCAGUAUAAAAUGAACAUUUAUUUUUACACGAUCAAGACGAUAUUACCGAACCAAGAGCUGUUGGUAUGGUAUUGCAGAGAAUUCGCGGAGAGGCUCAAUUACCCGUUAACCGGCGAACUGAUGCUACAAAGAAUACGACAACAAGUGCAACAAUCCGCGUUGCCAAGUGAAAUCCCAGCGACGGUAGAAGCAGUAUCGCCUCUGAAGGACUCGUCGAUCUACGAAAGACGGUCACAGAUGACCCCGACCGACGGUUCCGUCCGAUCGGACGAAGGCUAUCACUCGAACGGCUAUCACGACGAGAUCCUGACGCCCCCGGAAGAGAGCAGCGAGUCGGACUCGGAGAACAACUACGUGUUGGACUUCAGCAAGAACGCGAAGGCGUCCGUGUGCAGCAACGAGGUGGUGAAGCAGGACAACGCAGCGGCGAAGAACGAGUACAGAAAGGUGAAGAUCAAGAUCACGAAGACCUACGGGAACUUCCAGACGUCGAAGGGUCUGGACGGGAGCGGGAAAGACAAGGAUCAGGAGCUGGCGAGCCGAGCGGUGACCCCGGAACUGCCUAAGCCGGUGUCUCCCAUCAUUCUGCAGAAGAACUCUGUUCUGUCUACUGUGAACGAGGAAGAAAUAGUGGAGAAAAACCCUAAACCGUUCUACGAGUCCGAGGUCAAGGCUAAUUUGCCCAGACCAGCCUAUCUGACCAGCCCCAGCAACUCCAUCCUCGAGAACAUUCUCCUCCGCAGCAGCACCGACAACAACAACAAUAACAGCCACAAUCAUCAUCACAAUGGGACCCAACAGCAUCAUCAACACCAUCAGAUCCAUCACCAAACGAACGUGGACUCCGUGACACCCCCGCCAUCCAGCCCAACGGAGAUGGCCUAUUCGUACAAGAAGUCCCAUCGUUACGGCAACAUCCUGCCCUGCAGCCCCGAUUCCAGCUCGAAUCUGCCCAUGCAGGCGGACACCUGCGUCAAUUCCACGAGCGGGAACAGUGCCCUGCCGAUGCAAAGCCCGACGAGCAAUUUGCAUUCGAGCACGGGGAACCUCCACUCUAGUACGGGCAAUCUUCAUUCCAGCACCGGUCCCAACAACCUUCUGCAAUCUCAUCCGGGGACCAUCCAUUCGUCCAGCAACGCGAGCAAUCAUCAUUCCAGCGCGAACGUUCUAUCGUCCAGCACGAUAUUAACGUCCACGAGCAACCUCCACUCGUCGACCACGUCCACCAGCAGCUGUCCGCCGAAGAGGAAGACCAAAAGCCCAUCGCCCUCCGCCAAUCCCACGGGAGCGUCCACUCCGACGAUUCUGUACUCCGGUUCGGCCGCGUGUCAGAUAGAAUCGAGCACGGUGUAUCCGAACUCCGGUGCGAGCAGCAAUCAGAGCGUGUCACCGAUUUCGCCGAUUCAAUCGCCUUCGUCUUACCCGUACGGGAUUUAUCAUCAGAACGGAUCGUUGCACCACAAUGUGGCGCCGUUGUCCAUCAACUGCACCGCCUAUUCGCCGACUCCUAGCGGAAACGUGGUCUACGAGAGGACGGACGGAAGAAGGCUGGAGGCUGCCACCAGCAGUCAUCAACUACCCACAUCGUCCACGAUGCAGAUCGACACCAAUCAGUCGUUGAUCGCUGGCACGCACAACCUCCACCUGGGUCAUCAUCCGGGUUUGACCAUACAUGCCAACUCCUCCUCGCUGAAUCGAUAUUCGCCCGCCAGCUCCUUGUCCCCGGACGAUCACGGCUGCUCCCAAAGUGGAUCCCUCAGUCCAAACUCCCAAGGAUCGAGGGGAUACAGGUCGUUACCCUACCCGUUGAAGAAGAAAGACGGGAAAAUGCAUUACGAGUGCAACGUAUGCUGCAAAACGUUUGGCCAGCUGUCGAACCUCAAGGUACACCUAAGGACUCAUUCCGGUGAGAGACCGUUCAAGUGUAACGUUUGCACCAAGAGCUUCACUCAGCUGGCACACCUGCAGAAGCAUCACCUCGUGCACACUGGCGAAAAACCACAUCAAUGCGAGAUCUGUAAGAAGAGGUUCAGCUCGACGUCGAACUUGAAAACCCAUCUCCGAUUGCACUCCGGUCAAAAGCCGUACGCCUGUGAUCUUUGUCCCGCAAAGUUCACACAAUUCGUUCAUCUGAAGUUGCACAAAAGACUGCACACGAACGAAAGGCCGUACACCUGUCAGGGCUGCGACAAGAAGUACAUCAGCGCGAGUGGCCUUAGAACUCAUUGGAAGACGACCAGUUGCAGACCAAAUAACAUCGAAGAUGAGCUGGCCCUUGCAGCGGCCGUGGGUUCGCCGACGUACUACGAAUAUGGUGGCCCCGACAUGAAUGUUGGGAAUAUGCCGAAAGAGUGCGAGCUGGAGCACAUCGAGAACUACGAAAGGCACGGAUCGGCACACGGUCCGCACUCCACGUCCCUCCACAAUCUGGAGAACUCUGUGGGACGGCCAAGCGUCAUAGAGACCUCCCAGCCUCACAUAAUCGAGUGCACCUAAGAACGGGGGUAUGAGCCCUUUUGCUCAAGCGCAAAAUCCAGCCGUGGAAUAGUAAACGAGUUGCUCGCGACACACGAGAAACCGACCUGGUGUUUUUAAUCCUCGCGAACGUGGCGACCGGUAAUAACGCGCUUCCGUUCACGGUAACCGAGGGAAUCAUUUCGACAAAAACCUAUUUUUCGUUUCAUUCGUCGCAAGCAGCGUGUAUAAAAUGAUAAUUGUAUAAAGUAAGGGAAACGCGAUGAUCGCGAUCGUACGAUCGCGUAAACGUGAGUGAGAUUUACGUGCAACAAGUAAAUUCGGAGGUUGUUGAUAAAUGAUAUUGUUGCUUGGUUAUUGUUAUACGCGAAGGAAUUCAAGCUUUUUUAAUGGACAAACUUGGGAAGCUGGCUGAUUUUUUUAAUUGAUCGUUACACGUCGAUCGUGAACGCGAACAAGUUCGAUUUCUCUUACGAGGUUGGACGAAUCGACGAGGUUCCAGCUAAGAGGCAGAAAACGGAGAGAAAGAGAGAAAAAAGUUCCUUCCUUGUAAAUACUCGUUUCUAUAUUUUUUCUAAUA